ACUGUUUGGGGGACAUCGGUGACUGGACACACAUCACAAAGCAGUAUGGAGUGGGUGGAAUGGCCCAGAUGGCAGCAUAAGAAACAAAAUAAAAAGGCAGGUAAAGGCUCGAAAGGCUGCAAGAAGACUGCAAAGCAGAGUGGGAAGAAAGCAGCCUCCAAAUUGCCCUCCGUUCCUCAGCUUUUUCACAUCAAUGAUCAUGUCAAAUGGGAGGCUGAAUUAAAGCAGAAGAGGGUAGAGGAGAUGAGGGAGAAGCAGCAGACUGCCCGGGAGCAAGAGAGACACAGACGCAGGACCAUCGAGUGCUACUGUCAAGAUGUCUUGAGACGCCAGAAGGAGUUUGAGGAAAAGGAAGAAGUUUUGCAGGAAUUAAAUAUGUUUCCUCAGCUGGAUGAUGAGGCCACGAGGAAGGCUUAUUACAAGGAGUUUCGUAAGGUUGUAGAAUAUUCUGAUGUGAUUCUGGAAGUCCUGGAUGCUAGAGACCCAUUGGGCUGCCGCUGCUUCCAAAUGGAAGAGGCUGUUCUGCGGGCAGAAGGCAGUAAGAAACUGGUCCUGGUCUUGAACAAGAUUGACCUAGUCCCUAAGGACAUUGUGGAAAAGUGGCUGGAUUACCUUCGGAAUGAACUGCCAACUGUAGCUUUCAAAGCCAGCACCCAGCAUCAGGUCAAAAACCUGGUGAGCCUGUGUAUAGGGGUGUCUAACCUCAUUCAGGGUAGCCUAGGGUCAGGGUUGGGAGAUAGUGAUUUAAGUGAGGACUUACAGCUCUUUGGUAAUUGAACUGUAUCUUCAACUUUGAGUUUUUGCUC